UAAAUGUUAGCCUAAAAUACUAAUUGGGUUGUGUCUUUUUUUUAAUGUAGUUUAGAGAUAAAGCGACUACCCCACAUCCCACCAGGUACACCGGGUAUUGAUAAAUGCAGAAGAAGUCCCAGUUAACAACUAAAGCUUUGUUCAUUUAAAUGUUUAAACUUCAUUGCAGCUCCUGAGGAAACACAGACCUACACCUUCUGAUGUGGUGUGGCUGUUUUCGGAUAGGAGGCGACACAAACUGAAACUUCCAUUUCACUCUUUAUUCAAAACUGGUGGACUAUGCUUAAAACAGUGUCCAUGUAAGAAAACCAACUGUUUUAAAUGAAGUCUACCAUUUCUGGUGGGAAAGGUGUUCAAAUCUCCUGCAAGAAAUAUUAAAGAACCUAACUGACAACUACAAUAAGAGCCAUUCUUAGGAAGUCCUGUUAAUUCGAGAUCAACCAAACCAUACCUCAUUGGAUCAUCAAGGACCUGUUAUACUGCAUUUAAUAGCAAGGAAGCAUCUACAAGAGCUGACCAGCAGAUUUGUUCUUGUAGGACAGAUUAAUAAAGGGCUUUGUGUGGAUGUCAGCAUGCAGCCAACAGGACAGAGCAUGUCAUCUGGAACUUUUCACAAAAUCCUCCGACCGCUUCUGUUCAGUAUUUUUAUUAUCGGAUGUUUUGUAACUGUCUUUUUCAUGUAUUUUAAGCCAUCCACCAGCUGGAUAAAUGGUCAAUUAGAGUCAUCUGAUUCCACAAACCAUAUCAAAAAUGUAUUUACCACAAAAAGGGACAAAAACUUGACCACCGUUCUUGUCUGGCUGUGGCCCUUUGGACAAACCUAUGAAGCUAACAUCUGCAGCUCCAACUUUAACAUCGAGGGCUGCUUCAUCACAGGGGACAGAAAGUUCUACAACAAAUCGGAUGGGGUCGUCAUCCAUCACAGAGACAUUGCUGGGGACCUGUCCAACUUGCCGAAAUCUCAGCGGCCCCCGUUCCAGAAAUGGAUUUGGACGAACUUGGAGUCGCCUUCGCAUUCAGCCCAGUUGGCUGGGAUUAAUAAUUUGUUCAAUCUGACUCUCAAUUACCGUCAGGAUUCUGACAUCCAAGUGCCUUAUGGGUCUAUUGUAGCAGCAGAGACUGUGGAGGACUUUGUACCACCAAGCAAAAAUAAACUGGUCUGCUGGAUUGUCAGCAACUGGAAUCCUGAGCACGUGAGGGUAAAAUAUUACAAUGAGUUGCAAAAGCACAUUGAGGUUCAUGCAUAUGGACAUGCAUUUGGGAAGUACAUCGCUAAAAACGAUUACAUCCCUACUAUGGCCAGCUGUAAGUUCUAUUUGUCCUUUGAGAACUCAAUCCACAAGGACUACAUCACUGAAAAACUGUACAUCCCCCUCUUUGUGGGCACGGUGCCAGUGGUUCUUGGCACAAGCAGGCAGAACUACGAGAACUUUGUUCAAGGAGACGCUUUUAUCCAUGUGGAUGAUUUCAACUCGCCCAAAGAGCUGGCUGAGUACCUACUUCUUCUGCAUAAGAACGAAGAACUGUACCUCGGCUACUUUAAAUGGCGGCAGCACUUUAAAGUAAAUCUAGUGAAUUCCUGGGCACAGCGCACAUGCAAGGCUUGUGAUUACCUGAACCGGCACAAAGAAUACAGGGCAUUCAAUAACCUUAACAAGUGGUACUGGGGCUGAUGGUCCCCAGACCGGCUAUUCAGCACUAAUCACCUCAACAUAAAGUGGUACUAAGGACACAUAUACAACUUAGUUACCUGUUGAGGCAAACAUUAAGGUGAAAAUCUUUAUGUAAUAUUUAAUUGAAGAAUUGAAAAAAAAAACGUCUCAUUUGUGAUAGUGAAGAAGUCACCUAUGCACAGCACUGAAGUCAAAUGUGAAGGUUGUUUAACACUGUCAAGCAUAAGUAUGGAAAUCUGUAGCUAUGUUGAAACAUAUUAUUUUAUGUUUACAUUUGGACUGUGAAUCUUUCUUUACUUUUGGUGGAGAAAUAUUGAUGAUUUAAGGUCAAUCCUUUGUUCAGUGCUAUGUGAAGAAACCAGAUUUUUCUGCUCUAAAUUCAGUUUUGAGGUGGGUCGUCCUUCAGGUUUAUAAUCAAACUUUAAAGUUAAUAUUACACGGUUAUCUGAUCACUUACAACAUCUUCACUGUAGCGGAAGUUUCAGCACAUGGUAGCGACCAGCUACUAGUCCCCGGGUGAAAUCCAUUAACUAUGUUUAAAUGCACGGGCUCAGCUGUUAUUAGAGGUCCGUACACUG